AUGCUUCAAACUCUAUCUUUACUGAUUGAUCAAGUCCCAAAUAUAAUUAAAAUAUGGCGUCUUCGUCUGGGCAUGGCCUCCCGGCCAUGCAGCCUCGACUCAUAUUUUAAUUAUAUCCGGCAAGGUUUUACCAUUUCAGAGAUGGACAGCAAUGCUAGGUAAGCAAUUCUGGUAGCUUUCAGAGCCUAGCCCAAGUCUAUUCUCAGGGGUGGAUUUUUCCUCGUGGGGAAGGAGGGUGCAAGGUUGGAAAGGGGAAGCCCAGCAAAGUCCUCUGGACCAUUCGGGCAACUCCCUAGCGUGAAACUGGGCGUUACGUCCCAGGCUUUGCAUUUUUCCUUUUUGCCGAUAGCCGACCAGAAAAAUCCAUUUUUUGGGUUUUUCGGAAAAGCAACCCAUGUACAAGCAAGUAGCUCAUCCAUGAGCCGUCGAAGACGUGGACAUUUGCCCUGGAAUCACCCUGGUGAUCAAAGCGAGUUUGUCUCCAGCAGACUGGUGGGCCCGAUGCGACGAAAGGCGAGUGAUAAACCUGGAGUUGUAACCCCGUAGUGGACGUUAAGCGAUAUAAAUUUUAAUGUAAUGUAAUGAUCAAGUCCCAAAUAAAAAUCUUAUUUUUCAAGGCUGCGAUUCAAAUUGUUUUUCGUCUGGAAGAGAUGAUAAGGCUAUUAUUGAAAACCAAGCAAUGGUUUCUGAGUUCUACAGAACUGAGCUUUGCACUAUUUAUCAAAUCUAUAAGCAGCCUACCGAAACUCUUGCAAUUUUAAGAGGGUUAUCAAUUAGUGCAGGAAAUGGCAUAGCGAUGGCUUGCAAAUAUAGAAUAAGCACAGAAACUACUCGAUUUUCAAUGCCAGAAAAUUCGAUCGGCAAAGUCCCUUGUGCAGGAGCUUCUUAUUUUCUCACACACUUGCACAAUAAGCCAUUAGGAUUAUUUCUAAUGCUUUCGGGAAAAGAAUUAGACGGGAAUGAUUUAUUUUGGGGUGGAAUUUCAACACACUAUGUCCCAGAAUCUCAAAUUACAAACCUUCUUAAUGACCUAAAACUCUCGAAUAGUCUUAUUGAAGUUUUAGACAAAUAUCAUCAAUUUCCACCUAGAGAACAAUCAAAUCUUAUAAGAAAUUUAUACGAAAUAGAGCAAGUUUUUGGAGAAGUUAACACAGUUGAAGAAAUUUUGAUGAAAUUAUGUGCAAAGCCUACACCUUUUAAAGAAAUGGUACUUCUUAAUAUCUGCAAAAACUGCCCACUUUCUGUGAAGGUUGCAUUCAAAUCAUUUAAGCUUGGGUUGGAUAUGAAUUAUAAAGAAGCGUUGGAGCAUGAUUAUAAUAUAGAAGUACAGCUCGGAUACAGGAGAAGCUAUAACUAUAAGACAGCUGUUACUAAAUCAUUCUGUCUAUAAGUGUAAAAAAAUGGAAGAAUCUUAAUUUUUAGUACAAUAUCUGAUUAAGUCUAUCAGAUUUAGAAUGCUUGCAUUAAAGCAUAAAUUUAAUAAAUUAAAUUAAUUUCUACUGGAUUUUAAAAGUUAAAAAAAUCAACAUGGGGUUAAGAAGCUAAUAGAAAAAGGAGAGGAUGAAAUUAAAUGAUACCCAGACCAUGUCAAUCAAGUCACUGACAAAAUGGUUGAUAUCAUCAUCAGAAACCCUGAAGGUCCUUUUCUGGAAUUACGAUAA